CCCCGCCCCUCACCUCAGGAGUUUUUCCCAAUUUUUGGGGCUAAUUUGGGGGUUUGUGAAGGCUGUCGGGGUGUCCAGAUUUCCACCUGGCCUUUACCUUUCCUCCUCUGGGUUUGAGACCUGCCCAGAAAUGUCUCCUCUGCUGCCAGGGCUGGGAUUCCUCCUCCUGCUGCUGCUGGGGUGCCAGGGAGCUGCUGCUGCUGGGACAGAGCUGUGCUCCAGCUCCCCCGUCAAUGAAUCUGCCGUGUGUGCCUCAGUGCCGAGUGCCAGCCAGGAGCAGCUCCUGGAGGUGUCCCGAGGCCGAAGGUCCCCGUGCAGCCUCAGCUUUGCCCAGCUGGCCUGUGCCCAGGGAGCCUGGUUCCAGGAGCUCCAGGAUGAUUUCCUCUCCUCCUUCUACUCCUGCCUGGCCUCAGAGCCCAGCCCAGCUCUGGAUCCAGAAUAUUCCAUCCUGUUCUUUUCCAAAUACGAUGCCCGGAAGCUUUUGGGGUCCCUGACCGAGUUCAGCCAGCAGUUCUGGCAGGUGCCCGUUUCGCUGGAGUGGAGCCUGGUGUUCCUCAAUGGGCUGUGGGAGAGGCUGCUCCGGCUCCCCGGCAUUGGGACCCCCCCAGUGCUGCUGCAGUGGCUCCAGGGGGGUCUCCAGCCCCUCCUGGGGCACCCCGAGAUCUUCGGCUGCCUCCGUGCCAAGGGUGUGUCCUGUGAGCAAUUCCAGCUGCUAGUGGCUGCCCUGGAUGGAAUCUAUUCCCAGCUUUCUGUGCAGGAGCAGAGGAAUCUCUACUCUGGGAUCAAGCAUUUCCUCACCCAGCAAGGACCCAGCCCCAGCUGCCACAGCCCCAAUUCCACUGCCUGGUUCCGGAAUUUCCUGGGAUCCUUUCUGGAGCACGCCACCGUGGAGGACCUGCAGCUCUUUGGGGAUGAAGCCACACUUCAAAAAUUUGCCAGGGACCCGGUGAAUAUGGAGAUGGUUGGGAACCUCACCUUGCUCAGGGAGACUGCCCUGUACUACACCCUGCUCCUGACCUCUGCUCCUGCCUUUCCACUGGCCAGCCUCCCGGACAGGUUCCUUUGUUACCUGAGCCCCGGGGCAGUGGCAAACCUGAGCGCGGAGGAGGCGCUGGGAGUGGCCCAGAGGCUGGGGAGGAGCUGCCCCUGGAGCAGGGGGGUGCCCGGAGCCUCCCUGGAGCUGCAGGUGGCUUCCUCCCUGCUGAGGAAUUUGGAGGAUUUCUCCCCAGCCGUGCUGGCAGCCCUGGGCCAGGCUGCCCUGGGGCUCUCAGUGUCCAGAAUCCAGGAGAACAUCCCUGAGGAGCAGCUGGAGGCAGCUCUGCCUGCCCUGGGCAGAGUCCAGGGCUGGAGGAGUGAGCAGGCCAGGGCUGUGGUCAACAAACUGCUCCAGUCUGGCUACCAGAUCCGGGAUGGACAGAGCCUGGCACAGCUGGGCACUUUGGUGGGUGGCCUCAACAGCAGCACGCUGUGGAGUUUGUCCCCAGAGGUUGUCCUGGAGGCCAUGCAGCUGCCAGCCUUUGCCCAGCACGUGGACACCCUGCCCCGUGCUCUGAAAAGGAUCCUGGUGGAAAAGGUUUCCUCCAGGGUUGCCCACCCCUCUGAGCUGGUCAGACUCAUCCCCAGUGCCCUGGCCAGCUCCAUCCCAAAAUCCCUGCUGGUUUUUGGGGAAGAGAUGCCAAAUGUGCAGGAUCUCAACAACAAACCAUGGACCAGAGAGCAGGCUGCCAUGUUCUUCAGCGAUGUGGUGAAGGCAGAGCCUGACUUCAGCAGGCUCUCCCAGUCUGUGCUCCAGGGCUUCACCUGUGCAGCUGCCGGCGCUGUGGGGGCAGAAAGGUUCCAGGAGCUGGCCAGAGUCAUGAGGAAGAAGGAGGUCAAGCUGGGCCAGGACCAGCUGAGCUGCUUGCUGAGGAUGGUGACCCUGCAUGGGAUUCCCCAGGAUUGGGACACUUAUCCCCAGGACCUGCUGCUGUUUUUAAGCCCCUCAGACUAUGCAGGGAACUGCAGCCAGUUCUUCAGCAACGUUGGGAAGGCAAACAAGGAUGUUCUGCCCAGAGAGGACCCUCAGAGGCAGCAUCUGCUCCUGGAGGCUCUGGAGUGUCUGGGAGUUCCUGGCACAAAAAUAAAUCACACAAGCGCUGAGAUCCUGGGCUGGCUGGUGUGUGAGCUGGAUGGGGACUACAUCAGGAGUUCUGGGGGCAGCUUGCUGAAGGAUUUGAGCCAGUGUGGAUCUUUCCUGCCCGAGCAAGAAGAGGCCAUCAGGGACGUCCUCAGCAGUGGCAACACCACCUUUGGGCCUCCUUCAGCGUGGUCAGCCUUCACCCUGAGCGAGCUGAGCGGGCUGAUCCCCGUGCUGGGUCCCAGCAUCCUGCAGCAGAUCCCCAAGAAAGCUGUGACCACCUGGCUGAGGAACUUUGCCUGGGAUUCCCACCUGUCCAGGGAGGAGCUGGCCACGGUCAUCGGGGGGCUCCUGCCCCGCCGGCACAAGCGAGCGGAGGCUUCAGCAGGUUGCCCAGCUAAUCUGGAGAUAACAAAGGAAAAGCUGGAUGAUCCGCUGAUGCCCACCGAGUACGUACCUGAGGAGCUCCUGCGUGCCUGCCUCCACAACAUGUCCCAGGAAAAUUACCUCUACCUGGAAAAUGACCUCUCCAAUAUCCUCAGCAACUACGCUUUCAGCACCCCCCAGCUGGCUGUGAUGAAGGAAUACCUGGACGAGAGGUAUCCCAAUGGUUAUCCUGAGAAAGUGCUCUCUGCAAUGGGCCCUCUGCUGCACCUGCUCAGCCCAGAGGAGAUCUCCACCUGGAACAUGAGCUCUGCUGACUCCCUGGCUGCAUUCCUGAAAACUCAGCCCUCGGAUUCCCUGGCCUCAGCAGCAAUCAAACGCUACCUGGAGCUGGGCAAUGCCCUGAAUGCCACGGCCCUGGAUGCCAUUGGCACCAAGUACGUGUGCCUGCUGAAUGCCACUGACCUGAAGGCCAUCAACCCCUCCAGCCUCAAACUGGCGUCUCUGAAUCCUUCAGCCUGUUCCCAGGAGACGAAGAACAUCUUGUACCAGAAAGCCAAAGAAGCUUUCUCUGACCAGCACCAUUCACCUGCUUACUAUGAGCUGAUUUUGCCUUACCUGGGGGGGGCUCCUGCUGCAGACCUGAAGGUUCUCAGCAAGGACAACGUGAACAUGAACGUGAGCACCUUUGUGACCUUGAGGAGAGACUCCCUGAUGCUGCUGACGCCCGGGGAGGUGCAGGGGCUGCUGGGGCUGCACCUGCCCGAGCUGGCGCAGUGGCAGAGCAGGGCCCCGGUGCGGGACUGGGCGGCGCUGCAGAAACAGUCGGAGCUGGACAAGCUCCACGUCGGCCUCACGGGGGGCGUGCAGGAGGGCUACAUCAACCUGGUCACCCCCAAAUUCCCAGCAAUGUCCUCAGCCCCUCUGGGCACUGUGGCCAUGGUGUUUCACCUCCUGCCUGCCCUGCUGCUCAGCUUCCUCACGCUGUCCAUCCUCUCCUGACCGUCUCCUCCGCGAGGGACCAGCCUGGCACCUGCUCUGAGACCCGGCCUGAGGAGUGCCCAGAGCUCCAGGCAGCUGGGGUCAGCCCAGGACUCACUUUUAGGUACUUUUGGCUUUCAAAUCAGUUGGAAAAACCCCAGUUGUGUCUGAAGGGAAGAUCCCAGACUCUCUGGUGCAGGAUCUUUUCCUUUGGGACAGCCCAAGCCCAGCUCAGCCCCAAACCACUGCUAAAGCCCAUCUUACUGCUGGGUUUAAGGGUGAGUCCUGCAGGUGAAAAAUGACAUUUCCCAGAGCCUGACCUCGUGACACUGCCAAGACCUAGGGGUGGGAGUGAAGUUUGCCAGCUGCUUGUAAAUAAAUCCUGGAACUGAGCAAAAAUGUCAGAAGCAAACUGAUGAGUGUCUGCUUUU